UUGAAGAUCGUGAAGUAUAAGCAUUCUUCACCACCCGCCAGAAACAGCAUAAAGCCAAAUUCUGCUCCUUGAUCUCAAUGCAUCUGGGUGGCUGAGACUGAUCUACAGGACGGUUCCAACCUAGAGCAUCCUCUUGCCUGUGUCAUUCCUCUGUAGUGACGGGAGUUCCCAUUCUGCCUUCUGCCAUGAAAAUCCUGUGCUUUCUCUUUGCCCUCCUCUUUGUGGUAUUUCACGGAGCUGCAGGCUUUACUCGGUCUCCAAGAGUUUCUCUGCGAUGUGGAUAUCGUGGGACUUUCUGCACCCCUGGGAAAUGCCCUCGUGGCAAUAGUUACCUGGGGAUAUGCCCUUACGGACAUUCUUGCUGUAGAUGGUAA